AAAUAAACCACAUUUGAAUUUUAUUAGGGGGGCAACUUGGUCCUUUCAAACUUUUGAAAACUUUCGCACGCGCACGCGCACACAGUCGAUAUCCAAUCACAUGUUGCCGAUCGUCUGCUAAUUUACAGUGAAUUGCUAAUAACAAAAAUGUCUGGAGAUACCAAUUUCGUCUUAACGCAUCUCGGUGAAUUAGAGGCUCUUGCGGAGGAAAUUCUCACAGAAAAACAGCAGAUCGUAGAUCUUGAUCGGAAGAGGAACCAAAGCAGGGAGGCGGUCCGAGCUUUGAAAAAUCAGACAGAAUUUCCGUCAAACCAGAAGAGUAAAAAAGAAGUCAAAACAUGGGUAGGCUUUGGGAACACUUUCAUCAAACUGCCAGCCAAGAAUGUCAAGACAAUGCUAACUGAAGAUCAGAAGAAGCUUGAUGAAGAGAUCAAUGAGCUGAGGAACGGACUGAAGCCAAAGGUUGCCAAGUUGAGAGAAAUGGAAGGUCAAGAAGAGAAAAAGGGCUUUGAUCUGAAGGCGAUGUCUCGGGAUGAAAUGAAGGCAGUGUACCACCCUACAGGCUUCCAAGGCAAUACCUGACGCCUCGGAACAAGCCAAGAUGGCCAUCCGGAGAAGGAGAUCCAGUGAAACCUCUUCAGAAAGGCCACCCAAGAGAAGAAGUCUUCAGAGAUGGUCUUUAUAUCCAGGUGGUUGUUGAUAAGAAGGUUUGACGGAGAAAGACCAUUUACAGAAUAUGAUGAAAGUAAAUCUUUAUACAGAGGUGGGCUGAAAAUGGCCUCUCAUUGAGAAAGAGGAAAGGGAAAUGUAUUAAGAGGUGGUUUCAUAUAGAAUGAUAUUAAUAAGGCUGUGCAUAAUCGUGUAAUGAGGUACUCGAGUACACUCCCAGGCUUACAGGUGAAUACUCGGACGCCAUGUUUUUACCCACGGUACCAUGCCGGUGCUCUCCCAGGCGCUGGGCACGGGUAAGUGUCAGCCUGGACAGUGCCAGGUGUACAGGCGAAGAAAAAAAA